CAUUCCAGAAUGUCACUGUUCCUCUGUCUGGUUUUCUUGAUGUUUGGGCUUCAUGCUACAAUCCAUUGUGCACCACACGACAGCUCUGAAGGCAAAGUAGCUACCUGCCAUUCGCCCCAACAUAAUGCCACUCUCUAUAAAAUGUCAUCUAUCAAUGCUGAUUUUGCAUUCAAUUUGUAUCGGAGGUUCACUGUGGAGACCCCAAAUCGGAACAUCUUCUUUUCCCCAGUCAGCAUUACUGCUGCUUUGGCCAUGCUUUCCUAUGUGGCUGGCUCUAGCACCCAAACUCAGAUCAUCCAGGUUUUAGGGUUCAACCUUACAGACACCUCAAUGACAGAGUUACAGCAGGGCUUCCAGCAUGUGAUAUGUUCUUUGAAUUUGCCCAAGAAGGAACUGGAAUUGCAGAUGGGAAAUGCACUCUUUCUUGGGAAGCAGCUGAUACCACUGGCAAAGUUUUUGGAUGAUGUGAAGAUCCUUUAUGAAACUGAAGUCUUUUCUACUGACUUCUCCAAUGUCUCUGCAGCUCAGGAGGAGAUCAAUUGUUAUGUGGAGAAGCAAUCCAAAGGGAAAAUUGUAGGCCUAAUCCAAGACCUCAAACAAAAAAGCAUCAUGGUUCUAGUAAACUAUAUCCAUUUCAAAGCCCAGUGGGCAAGUCCUUUUCAUCUAUCUAAGACAGAAGACAGUUCCAUCUUUUUAGUGAACAAGACCAUCACAGUACAAGUGCCCAUGAUGCACCAGAUGGAACAAUACUAUCACCUGGUGGAUACAGAACUGAACUGCACAGUGCUUCAAAAGGACUAUAGCAAGAACGCUCUGGCACUCUUUGUCCUUCCAAAGGAGGGGAACAUGGAGCGGGUGGAAAAAGCUAUGUCAUCUAAAACACUAAAGAAGUGGAACCGCUUAUUGCAGAAAGGAUGGAUUGACUUGUUUGUUCCAAAGUUUUCCAUUUCUGCCACAUAUGACCUUAGAAACAUGCUUCUGCAGAUGGGUAUGAAGGAUGCCUUUGCUGAAAAUGCUGAUUUUCCUGGACUUGCAGAGGAUAAUGAUUUGCAACUUUCCUAUGUUUACCACAAGGCUGUGCUGCAUGUUAGAGAAGAAGGAACCAGAGACGUAGCUGCUUCCACAGAUGGACUACUGGAUGAGCCAGAAAUAAGUGUUCCCUCUGUUAUCCGAUUUGAUAGAACCUUCCUCCUGAUGAUUUUGGAGAAAAGCACUAGAAGCAUUCUCUUUCUUGGGAAAGUUGUUGACCCAACAGAAGUGUAG